UAACAUUAUUUUCACGUUUUGUAUUAGAUAGAGUUAAUAUUUAGGUAAAUUACUUGUGUUUAAAUUAAUAUGGCUGACAAUGGAGUUCAAAGUGAACAGGCAUCAAACACAGAUGGAAGAACAUCUGAUAACUCACCUCCACAGCCAUUGCCAAGAAUACACACAAGAAAUGUGAACAAUUUUAACCUUUAUAAUCGUGAGGGUGUUUUUAUGCAUUACUUAUUUUUAAACCUCACUAUGAGGUAUACAAGAUAUUUUAAACCUGUUUCACGGCGACUUAUUGAAUUCUUCACGCUGAUGAACGCAUUAGGAAUGUUAUCUCUGCUUAUUUACAUUCAUUUUGCACUCGUUCGGAGCACAAGCGACUGUCUUAACCAUGUGAGUGACAUUUGGCCAAGAAAUGGGAUUCUUAGGGCCCAGGUUUCAUACAAUGAAAGUUUACCAAACUAUAAACUUUAUUUUUCGAGCCAACAUCUCGAUGAUUCGAAAAUGUCGGUGCAAUCCACUGGCUAUAACAUGGAGUACGAAUACACAGUUCCAAUACAGAAUAAUCAACUUUCUAAUUUAAAGCAAUGGCAGGCUGACUUAUUUCAAAAAUAUCCAUUCGCAAUUCAAAACCUAGAUCACCAAUCAAAGGACAAAACUCCAAAUACUGCCAAACUAGAGGCCAUGAGAAUAUUUGGGUUAUUUGAUAGAAAAUGUCCAGUCCUGGUUGACGAAUAUGUAGAGGAUUUUAAACUCUCAAUUUUAAAGAAACUUGCUUCAGUGAUGCCUCAUAUGACUAUGGUUCAAACAAGAGACCAAGAUGGUGGAAGUUUUAUAGAUGAUGAGUUUAUUGUUGGAGAUAACUUUGAAACAGUGUUCAGUCCAUUUGAACCAUCACCAAUAAGGAGUUACUACGCGAUUGAAUAUAGCUCCGAGUUUGGCUAUUUGCGUUUAUCAUCAGAAGCACGAAGUGUGCUUGCCAUUCCAACUCUUGUAGUAAAUUUAAAUCCAGAUAAAGACCAGUGUUUUGGGAGUGGCCUCAAGAAGUUUAUGUUGGAGACGUUUCUUGGGUAUGAUGAUUAUUUGAUGACAAGCAUCAAGAAAUUGGCCGAAAAAGAUAAUUCUCAAGGAUAUUUACGAAACCUUGUGACAGGGGAAUACUUUAGAUUUGUCACACUUUGGGUUAACCAUGCAUCGGUUAUAAUCGCAUUCUCAGCAAUGAUAGUGUUCACUCUCAUAGUAACGAUGCUUCUACGCUACUCGUACCAUCAAAUAUUCAUGUUUAUGGUUGAAGUACUUCGACUGUUAGACACAGACACACGACUUGCUUUUCCUGCAGCUCCCAUGCUUACCAUUAUACUUGCAUUAGUUGGCAUGGAAGAAAUAAUGACAGAGUUCUUCCAUGAUUCUACCGUUGCUUUUUAUGUUAUUUUAAUCAUAUGGGCGGCUGACCAGUUUGACGUCAUCUGCCUUCACACAAUGGUAGGCAGAAGACACUGGGUUCGUUUCUUCUAUCUCUAUCACUUCUCAUUUUACAUCUACCACUAUAGAUUCAACGGACAGUACAGCAAACUUGCGUUAUUCACUUCUUGGCUCCUAAUUCUUCAUUCCAUGCUGUAUUUUCUCCACCAUUACGAGCUACCAGCCAUCCACAGGCAGAUACUUGCCCUCAACGAACGUAACAGACAACAUAGUACGGAUAACUCUAACAACAAUAACAACGGAAACAACCGAGAUGGAAACGCACAGAACACCCCUCCCACCCCAGCAGAUGAUCAACCACACGCACCUCCAACAGAACCUUUGGACCAGCCUAAUAAUCCAGUGUUGCCAGAUUUACAUGAUGGGCAAGAUAUUGACUUGAACGACAUCCUAAACCUUUCAGUAUCUGAAAACACUACAAGAAAAUUGUCCUUACUGCUACCUUUGACUGACAUCCGGGAGUUUUUAAUUCAUUCCCCACAAAACAUUGUCCGUUAUGUGUUUGGUAAAUCAGUUUUUAAAAUAGCUGUAGCGUGCUUGCUCUCCGCUGUAGGCUUAUCAUUACUUGCUGUGGUCGUGCAUAACAAUUUAUCACCAGGGCUUAGUUUGCAGCCAAUGGAAGUUCAUAAAUUUCUUGUUUAAAUGUUUUUAACUUAUUUUAAAAUAAUGUUUUUAGUUUGUUUUUAAUUUUCCGCUCCAUUUGUCAAACUUUUUAGGUUUUAACAAAACAUUUUUAAUCUCAACUUUUAUGCAUGCGUUAUUUUUAUUCACUUUCGAAGCUGUUAAAUUUAAGACUACAAGAUGUUGAAUUUAAGACUACAUUGGUUUAUUGAGAUUACCACUGUGACACUGGAGUACAGAUGUUAAUUUCCCCACUUGCUUUACCACACCAACAACUAAACUAAAGUUGCAAUUGUUUCGAUUUAGUACAUAUAAUAUUGGACCAUCUAUACCAGUAUGUUAAAAAACCGUUAGAAAUUAUUAUUUUAAAACUUAGGAUUAUCUGUGUUUUAAGCAUUGUACUUAGUUGAAAUUAACAAGUAUUUAUGUUUUAUGUAAUCUUUAGAUGAUUUUAAUUUGCUGCUUUCGUAAAAACACUUGAUGUUAUAACUCUUUGUAUUGCAAAAGUAAAACAGAAUUUUAAAAAUGAUUUUUAAGUUCUUGCGCACAAGUGAAAAAAAAACAGUUCUAUAGCGAUUGGUAUC